AUAGCAUUUGCGUUUCAGGAGAAGAGAUUUCAAGGGAUCUCUCAUCGCAGUACAACCGCUUUCUCCUCUACCAACACUCUCUUCUCUUUUCUCCAACCAUCCCAUAAUAAACACUAUGCUGCACGGUCUCUACGGUUACAUCUUCGGAGCUGAAGACUCCAACGAUUCACAGGCUUCCAAUGACAGCGAAGCUUCCCUGUGUCCCCCGGGCAAAAUGGCUGAAGACGAUUGGUGUUUGGUCGAUGAUGCACCAUCCGGUCGUAGCUCUCCCGAAUUGGUUCCAAACCUCGAGCUACGCGACAUCGACCAACUGUCGUUUGCGUCUAAAAAGUCUGCGCCAGCGCCAAGUGCCGAAGAGAUUCGACGGAGUGAAGAGCUGCGGCAAGCGAAAGCGGCCACGGCACAUCGACUGCAAUUGGAGCGAGUGUUAUUCUCCGAUGCUGAUACGCCGAAUGCUCCGUUGCCGUUAACAUCGCUCAAAGCGAAGAAUUCGUUGGCUUCUGCGUCGAAAUUGAAACGAGCAACGGCUGCUACACUCCAAAAUAGUGAGCCGAAAACAAAAACUCGCUCGAAGAAAGCUGGAAAGAUGUCGUCGGGACGUAAUAACGAUCGUAAAGUGAACAACAUCGACUGAACAGAUUCCACCUCCAUUCCACCGAUCUACCAGCCUGAAACGGACCGACUCAGCAGCCAGUGUCUCCUUUACUUUAGCUUAAUACAUUUUUGUAUAGUGUACGUAUCAGUCUGUAAGCUUUCGUAUAGCUUUUCUAUUUGUUUUCUGUAUGUAAUGGGCUCUGUCAAGCAAUUUAAGUGCUUUUUGUAGGGUUUCUAAUUGUCUUCAACAACCCAACUUUUUUCAUUCGCGUUUUGGGCGCUUUAGUACUGUAAGUAGCUGAAUCAUGUAUAUACGUAGAGUAAUCCGGAAUUCUCGUCUUGAAACUCUGGAAAAUCUGUGGCCAACGUUCCCUUAUGUGCCACUGCCAAAAAUACUGUUCUUGAACAGAAAAACACUCCCACAUUUCCACAAAUCACAUAGUCAUCGUGGAUUGACUCCUGCCGCUAAUAUCACGGCUUCUUCGCUGUAAAUAUCCCUAUUUUUGUAUUUUCUGUAGAUAGUCAGGAGCUGUGCGCUCCCUCCUUAUGCACUUAGCCUCGUCACAUUGAAAAAGAAAAUAAAAAACGACAGCAGCUGCCUCUUUGCAAGUCACGUUCUUGUUCUAGCAUGUAGCUUUACCUCAUCGUAUAGUCGGCCGCCGGGCGGUACAGCACACCUACCGUAAUCACAUCUGUGCAUUGUAUAUGUAAAAACACUCCACACUUAUGUAAAGACUUUUUUCUCGUGUAUGUAUGGAAACGAUGGAAUAAAUAUCCAUCGAAUG